CAGAAGGCUGCGGCGGCGGACGACGGGGAUGAAUGGACCGGCCGGACUCGCGAACCUGGACCGUCGCGAGCGGGUCCUCCGAUUAGGAGAAAGUUUCGAGAAGCAGCCGCGCUGCGCGUUCCACACCGUGCGCUAUGACUUCAAACCUGCUUCUAUUGAUACUUCUUGUGAAGGAAGUCUUGAGGUUGGCAAAGGUGAACAGGUGACAAUAACCCUACCAAAUAUAGAAGGUUCGACUCCACCAGUUACAGUUUUCAAAGGUUCCAAAAGACCUUACCUAAAAGAAUGCAUUUUGAUUAUUAACCAUGAUACUGGGGAAUGUCGCCUAGAGAAGCUCAGCAGCAACAUCACCGUGAAAAAAACAAGAGUUGAGGGAAGUAGUAAAAUUCAGUACAGACUGGAACAACAGCAGCAACAAAUGUGGAAUUCACCCAGGACUUCCAAUUUUGUACCACAUUCUCCACUAGAAGACAAGAUGUCCCCAACGUCACUAAUGGAUGAUAUUGAAAGAGAACUGAAGGCAGAAGCUAGUCUAAUGGACCAGAUAAGUAGUUGUGAUAGUUCAUCAGAUUCCAAAAGUUCUUCAUCUUCAAGUAGUGAGGAUAGCUCUAGUGAUUCCGAAGAUGAUGACCAACUGUCUCCUUCAGGUGCAAGGAAAUAUAGCUCAGAGAAUCCCGGCAUGUCUGCCAGGCCACAAUACAGGACUUCAGAUACUGAUGCUACUUGUCAUAAAUUUCAUGACAACAGUGCCCUCCUGAUGAGUACUUUACGAAGUGAUUUGCAGCUGAGUGAAUCAGAAAGUGACAGUGAUGACUGAAGCAAUAUCGAGUUGUAAAUAGAACAUUUGUAAGACUGUGCUAAUGUGUUUUGUAUUAAGAAUAAAUUCUCCCCUUUGUAACUUUUGCUGAAAAAAAUUAAAUUUGAUUCAGA